UUGGCAUGUUGGCAAUGCUGGUUGAUGCUGGUUGUGAUGUUAAUUUUUUCAUCGUGUAAUUGUAGCAUCGAAGUUAAGGAAACAAAUUAUUUUCCUGUAGAUUAAUCACAAGUUGCAGCCAAGAAUUGUGUAGCAAGAUGGUUUUACUGGAACAUACGAAAAAUGUAUUAAAAUUCGCCUCUUCAAAUUGCAAUAUGUUACUGGCUGUGCAACAGACUCUUACGCAAAGGCAUUUUCAUACGAGCACAGUAGUUAGAAAGGUACAAUCUGGACGUUACAAAGUCACAAUCAACAAGGACAGACCACUGACAUACGAAAUGGCAAAUCCGCCCCAUUAUCUUGCUCAUAGAAAAUCCUGGAAUUCUUGGAACACCUCGAAUAUAAAGGAUGGCAACAGACCAUCUGAGACAGCUAUAGAAGAUAUGUUUAUUCGACAGUUCAUGACUGGGACAUGGCACAAUUUAUUCGCGAGUGAAAUCAUUAUUAAACGGCAACACAAUAUUAUUAGGAUAGCUGGAAUCAUAACUCGUACUAUAGCACCUUACAAGAUAUAUUUUUUGACAGGUUAUACUGAAGAACUCUUGAGUUAUUGGCUUCAAUGUCCCAUUAAAGUGGAAUUGGUUACAAUUAAUAAUAAAAAAGAAACAAUAAUUAAGUAUAUAUAAGAAUUUAUAUGUAAAUAUAAUAAACUAGAUCUAUUAAUAAACAAGAUUCUAUAAUAA